UGCCCGCCUGGGACAGCUGUCCUGGCUGAGGAGCUCUGCUGCUCCACUCCAGUGGAAGCUGCUCGCUGGGGCUCAGGAUGCAGAGGUGGGGGCUGUGGGCCGCAGCCUCCCUGAGCCUCGUCUGUGCCCGGGCCUUUCCACAGACAGACGUCAACAUCAGCCCAGCCCUGCCAGAGCUGCCCCAGACGUCCCUGUGUCCCCUGUUCUGGAUGGAGUUCAAAGGCCACUGCUAUCGAUUCUUUCCUCUCAAUAAGACCUGGGCCGAGGCUGACCUCCACUGUUCCGAGUUCUCCAUUGGCAGGAAAUCCGCCAAACUGGCCUCCAUCCACAGCUGGGAGGAGAACGUCUUUGUGUACGACCUGGCCAACAGCUGUGUGCCCGGCAUCCCCACGGACAUCUGGACGGGCCUCCACGAUCAUCGACAGGAAGGGCAGUUUGAGUGGACGGACAACUCCUCGUACGACUACAGCUACUGGGACGGCAGCCAGCCAGAUGACGGGCUCCACGCGCGGCCCGAGGAGGAGGACUGUGUGCAAAUGUGGUACCGGCCGGCCAGCGCUCUGAGGUCAUGGAAUGAUAACGCCUGCAGCCGGAAGUUCCCUUUUGUGUGCAAGAUCCCACCUCUGAGCGUUAACUGAUGCACCCUUGGCCCCAGCAUCACCGAGUAGCUGUACCUACUAUAAAGCUGAAGCUGAGUAGAUGCAAAAUGCCACCAGAGGUAAAUCUUAUAGACGAGGUUUCUAACAAACAAGACUUAAUUAUUCAGGGUGGCCACUUGGCCAAGUGACAGACACCCAAAUGGAACUAGCUCAAGAAACAAAAAGCGGUGGUGGAGGUACAGGUGCAAGCCCAGGGAUGGGUCUGGAUUCAGGCUGGAAUCUCAUUGGCUGGGUGCAGCCUCCUGCCCGCCCCGAAGCCUCACUUUGGCAAAGCUGAUUGGCUGGGCACAGAACAGGGCCGAGGGGGCGGAGUUGACCGCAUCCUAGGGGUUGAGUGGGGGGAUAAGCAGAUGCUGGGCGCAGGGCACAAGCUUUCGGUAAGGAGAUGGACAAGUUCUGGAAAUCUAGUGGAUGACACAGUGACUGCACCUCGUAAUAUCACAUUGUCUCUUGAAAUUUGCUAAGGGCAGAGAUAUUAAGGAUUCUCUCCAAAAAAAACAAAAGGUCAGUGUGUGCGAUGAUUGACAGGUUGAUUAGCUUGGGGGGGCACCGUUCACAGUGUAUGUUUGUAUCAAAGCAUUGAAUCACACAUUUCUAUGGAGGGUUGGUCCCAGGACCCCGUGCAGAUACCGCAAUCUGAUGCUCCCCAAUUCCCUGCGGUGGAAGGGUGUAACAUUUGCACAGAACCUCCGCACAGUUGCCCAUGUACUUUAAAUCAUCUCAAGACUACUUAGAGCAACUAAUACAAUGGAAAUGUCACGUAGGUAGUUGUUCUCUGUGUUAUUUAGGGAAUAAUGACAAGAAAAAUCAGUCUGCAUGGUUGGUGCAAACCAUUUUUUUUUCCUUUCAUAUUUACAAUCUGCUGUGGGUUGAAUCCACAGAUGUGGCACCUACAGAGAGGGAGGGAUGAUUGUAAAUACAAGGCUUGCCAAUUUUACCUCAAUAAAAUAGAUUGAUUAACUCUC